UUAACAUAUAGGAACAACUAACAGAACACACACACACACACACACGUGACCUACAGCUAAUAAGUAUUUGGAGUGGAGGGCUCAAUAGAUUCCCUGAGGAUACCGUUCAGAAGGAUGGGAUAUACAUUUGGAUAACUUCAUGAAUGCUUUUUGUGAAGUACGAAUAAUCCAUUCUCCAUGGCUUGGCUAAAUUGGCAGUUACAUUCCUGGUCAAACAUAAAUGGCAGGCUCUAAGCCUCACGGAUUACUUACUACAACAAGUGAAACAACAUCAGACCCUGUCCUCCUGAGUGAGGUCCACCAAAAGGCUCUGUCCUUUGGAGAUAACUUCACUAAGGGGCCUCAACUCACAGGCUUUUGUCAUCCUUCUGCUUGAUCUCCACCGAGAGGUCUCUGACCAUGAAGGACCGCCUGGAGGAGCUGCGUCAGAGGGCCCAGGGUUUUCGGGAGGUGAGCAGAGAGACAGAUGAUACCCCAUUCCCUGAGGAAGAUGCUAACCCAGAUGCCCCAUUGGGGGUUAAGGUCGCCACCCCGCAGCAGGCUGUGGUGUUCGAGCAAGAACCAGUCCUGCACAACUUCCUGUCCGAGGCUCAGCAUAUCCGCGGUGACAUCACUGAGCUGGAAACAGAGGUGAAGAAGUUCAGCCAGCAACAAAGGACCCUGGUGGCAACCAUGCGUCGUUUCAGUGUGAUGAAGAAGGACAGUGAUGUGACGACGGACAUCAAGCUGCAGGCAGAGAGCAUCCACAGACGGCUGGACGACCUCUCCAAGAAGGCACAGAGUUUAGAAGACAUGCAGGGACUGGCUACAGCCACUACACGCAUCCAACGCUCCCAACACGCAGUGCUACACAGACAAUUCCAACAGGUGAUGUGUCUGUACAACAACUCCAUCCUCAGUAAACAGGAGCAUUGUAAAAACUUCCUCAUCCGCCAGCUGGAGGUGUUUGGUCGUGACGUCACCGAGGAGGGAGUCGAUGAAAUGGUUGCCACGGGGAAGUGGGAGGUGUUUAAUCAGAACCUGCUCAACGACGAACGCAUCACACGUGCUCAGCUGUCCGAGAUCGAGCAGAGACACAAGGAGCUGCUGAAUCUGGAGAGCAACAUGAAGGAGCUGAGAGAACUGUUCAUGGAUAUCUUUAUGUUGGUGGAGGAGCAAGGAGGCUACAUAGACAACAUCCAGACCAGUGUAGAGAAGACACAGGACUACGUCACCGUCACUAACGAGAAAUUUAAAAUGGCCACCAGGUACAAGAAGAAGAACCCUCUAAGGAGACUGUGCUGCUGUUGCUGCCCCUGGAGGUGCUGCACAUAGAGAAGGGACAAGUCCCCUGAACACUGGAGAUAGCCCUGGAGGUGCUGCACAUAGAGAAGGGACAAGUCCCCUGAACACUGGAGAUAGCCCUGGAGGUGCUGCACAUAGAGAAGGGACAAGUCCCCUGAACACUGGAGAUAGCCCUGGAGGUGCUGCACAUAGAGAAGGAACAAGUCCCCUGAACACUGGAGAUAGCCCUGGAGGUGCUGCACAUAGAGAAGGGACAAGUCCCCUGAACACUGGAGAUAGCCCUGGAGGUGCUGCACAUAGAGAAGGGACAAGUCCCCUGAACACUGGAGAUAGCCCUGGAGGUUUUUCAGAUUGGGAAAGGAAGAGCUCUGGUGUGGAGUGUCUACAGCUAUGGGAGGGAGAUCUGUAGGGUGGCAUGGCAGAACAGUGUUCAAAGAAGAUUUAAGCCCAUUACAGUGGUCAGAAAUCAUCCAGGAACAAGAGGAUUGUAAGAGGCUGUGCAGUUGAAGCAGGGUGGGAGUCAGUGUCUCCACUCAUGAGGGACAACUUUAACGCAAGACAUAAUGCAUUUUGAGAAUCAGCAAGACUGCUUACACACGUUUUCAAAACUGUCUCCUUUUUUCAAAACUCUACACACAAUUCCCAAAACUGCACACACAAAAUGCAAAAUGCCUCACAUCUCCUUCAAAAUGUAACACUGCAUUCAAAAUGCCAUAAACACAUGUCAGAAUGAAGCAUUUGCAUCAAAUGUAAACCAAAAUUAUAUUCUUUAGAAUACAGUAAAGAACACAAUUGUGUGUGUGGGGUCCCGGGGGGCAGUCCAGGAAUUUGUAGGGAGGGGGGGCAUUCACCAGUGCUAAGCUACGCUUCAUCUCUUCUCCAGCCUGAGUCUGGCCACAAUACUUUGUCCACAUCACAGGAUACGUUUUCUCUUGCCAAAAAUCGAGGGAUGUAUCU